CGAAAGCAAGAGCAAUUCAAGAAAGAAAAGCUCCUGAAAGAUGCUGGCGUCUUCACAAAGCCCAAGACUUCUAAUAAGAAACCAAGCAUCUGGAACAAACAAAACACAGGAGUUGCAAAUCGAGCUGAGAAAGAUGUUGAGCAGAAGAAAGAAGAGGAGCAUAUACUGGAUACGUCAAGGAAGAAACUAGAAGAGAAAGCAAAGCUGUAUGAGAAGAUGAGCAAAGGCAACUUUCCAGAUGAAGAAACAGAGGAUUUGUACCUAGUGGAUUUCACUCAGAAGAUCAUAGAAAAACAGCAUGAGGUGCAGGAGCUGUGUCAGAGCGAAGCUGCUAGAAAGACUUCAGAAAAAGACACAGAUGAUGAGGAUGCUCAACCUGAAAUGGAAAUACCACCACCUGAGGACCCAGAUGAAGAAUGGGUUGAUUAUGUUGAUUUCUUGGGCCGAUCGAGACGCUGUAUGAAGAAGGAUUUGCCAAGUCUACUUAAAAUGGAUCAGGAACUUCAAGGGAAAAGACUAGUUCCUGAUGGGAAUACUCUCUUAUCUGAAGACAUGAAAAGAGAACUUCAGAGGCAGCAGUGGGAAAAAGAAGAAGAAGAAGCCCUCAGAAAACCCAUGGGACCCAUACAUUACGAGGAUAUUCGAGAAAAUGAGGCCAGGCAGCUCGGCGUUGGGUACUUUGCCUUUUCUCGCGACAAAGAACUCAGGCAUAAACAACGGGCAACACUGGAUAUGCUCAGAGAGCAGACACUUGAUCAGAGAACUAAACGUGAGCAGCUGAAGGAGAAAAGGAAGGCAGCUCUGGAUGCAAGGCUGUCUAAACUGCGAGCACGGAAGAUUAAAAAGUUAAGGGAAGCUGGAUUAGAGGAAGAGGCAUUGAAACUGGAGAAUGGAGAGGUGAAAGCUGCUACUGAUGAACCAGAAGCUCCAAGAGUUCCUGCAGCAAGUAGAAAGGUAGAGGUUGUCAUCCAGGAGAGAAGAGAUACAAAGCCUGGCGUGCCUUAUGUCCGAGAGUGGGAUAAAGGCAAAGAACUGAUGUUUGGACAAUGGUUGAAGAAACAGGAAGAACUCAGAGAUGAGCGAGACCCAGAAUUUGCACCACCUUCUGAGUACUUCCUGGGACAAAAGAAAGGUGAUAAUUACAGAAGUCAGAAUUCAAAACAGAAUGAAGCCUCCUCUGAAAAACUGGAACCAGAGACAGCACAAAACCCAAGGAUGCCGUCAGUGCAGGCCAACGGCAGCAGCGCUGGAGAAGGGCCACCUCCCCUGCAGGCUUACAACAGCAGUGUUCGAUGUGAGUCGGUAUCAGCAGCGCCCUGUAGCAGUAACACUCAAGCUGCACCAUCAUCAUCGGAGGAUGACAGCAGUGAUGAGGAGGAUGUGCCACCAUCAGCACAGGCUUAUGGUUACGGUGCUCAAGGUGUGCCACCGCCAAUGCAGCCUUAUGGCUAUGGUGCUCCACAUAUGCUGUCAUCAGUGCAGGCUUAUGGCUAUGGCACUCAUGAUGUGCCAUUUCCAAUGCAGCAUUAUGGCUACGGUGCUACAGGCAUGCUGCCACCAAUGCAGGCUUAUGGCUAUGGCACUCACAGCAUGCCAUUCCCAAUGCAGGCCUACGGCUACGGCACCCAGGAGGCACCUCCAGGAAUGCAGCCUUGUGGCUGCAGCACCCAGGAUGCGCCUCCAGGAGUGCAGCCCUAUGCUUGCGGUGCCCAAGAUGCUCCUCCAGGGGUGCAGCCCUGUGGUUACAGUGCCCAGGGUGCAGCUCCAGGGGUGCAGCCCUGCGGUUACAGUGACCAGGAUGCAGCUCCAGGGGUGCAACCCUGCAGUCACAGUGCCCAGGAUGCAGCUCCAGGGGUGCAGCCCUCCGGUCACAGUGCCCAGGAUGCAGCUCCAGGGGUGCAGCCCUCCAGCCACAGUGACCAGGAUGCAGCUCCAGGGGUGCAGCCCUCCGGUCACAGUGCCCAGGAUGCGGCACCUUCAGCGCAGCCCAAAAGCAGUGAUGCUCAAAAUCGGGAGCCACUUUACCAAAGUCUAGAUGCUAUGCUGUCAUAUUACAGACAAGUGACUUGA